AUGAAUGAAGCCAACAUAGUCCACACUAACAUAAAAAUCAUCUUGUUCUCUGAAGUGAGUGUCGGGAUCUCAGCCAACAGCAUCCUUUUCCUCUUCCACCUCUGCAUGCUUAUCGGUGGGAACAGGCCGAAGCCCACUGAUCUCCCCAUUGGCUUCCUGUCCCUGACCCACCUGAUGAUGCUCAUAACUAUGGGACUCAUAGCCGAAGACAUGUUUACAUAUCAGGGGAAAUGGGAUUCCACCACGUGCCAAGCACUUAUAUAUUUGCACAGGUUUUUCAGGGCCCUCUCCCUCUGUGCUACCUGCCUAUUGAAUGUCCUCUGGGCCAUCACCCUCAGCCCUAGAAGCUCCUGUUUAGCAAAGUGUAAACAUACAUUUCCCCAUCACACCUCAUGCACUCUUCUUUUCCUAUGCAUUUUCUACAUGUCUUUUAGCAGUCACUUCCUAGUGUCCGUCAUUGCCACCCCCAAUUUGACCUCAGAGAGCUUCAUGUACGUUACUCAGUCUUGCUCACUUCUACCCCUGAGUUACUCCAGGCAAAGCACAUUUUCCGCUCUGGUGGCCUCCAGGGAAGCCUUUCUCAUCAGUCUCAUGGCCCUGUCCAGCGGAUACAUGGUGGCUCUCUUGUGCAGACACAGGAAGCAGGCCCGCCAUCUUCACAGCACUAGCCUUUCUCCGAAAGCAUCCCCGGAGCAAAGGGCCACCCGGACCAUCCUGAUGCUCAUGAGCUUCUUUGUGGUUUUUUACAUCUUGGACGCUGUUAUCUUCCACUCGAGAGUGAAGUUCAAGGAUGGCUCAGGGUUAUACUGUAUCCAGAUCCUUGUGUCCCAUAGUUACGCCACUGUCAGCCCUCUUGUGUUUAUUUGCACUGAAAAGCAUAUAGUUAAAAUUUUGAGGUCCGUGUGUGGUAGGACAGUAAACAUUUGA